CCUCCAUUGCGUGGUCUCCCCAUUCCCCUUCAAGCCCCUGGGGGCUCCAGCCUCGGGGUUCCUUGGGGGGCAGCUGCCCCGUGAGGGGGUCCCACCCUGAGGGGGGUCCCACCCUGAGGUCCCACCCGGGGGUCCCACCCCCACCUUGGUUUUGGCCGUGUCCCCCCCCGUGGAGGUGACACUGGCGACAGAAGAUGGCGCUGGGGCUGGCGCUGAACCUCCUUCUCUUCCCCCUCUUCUUCACCACGCCAGCUUGGACAGAAGAACCCCCACCCUUGGAGGUGACCGGAGCCGUGGGCGGGGUGGCCUUUCUGAACCCCCGCAGCCCCCAAAAUCCCUUCAAAUACUCCCAAAUCCACUGGCGCUGGGAAAACCAUCUGAGAAUUGCCGUCAGGAAAUGGGGGGAGGAGCCCACGUACCCCCCGAGCCGCUUUCGGGGCCGCCUGGAGCUCCUGGACAACGGCACCCUCCAAAUGAGCCCCCUGGGCCUGGGGGACAGCGGCGAGUACCACCUCUAUGUGGAGGACGACACGGGCAGGGAGAGCAUCGAGAAGGUCCAGCUGAAGGUCUACGAGCUGGUCCCGAAGCCCCUCGUGACGGUCACCACCAACGGUGACCCGCAGCAGUGCAACGCCACCCUGAGCUGCUCCGUGGGCCUCCAAGGGGUCACCUACGAGUGGAUCCCACCGCCGAAGGCCCUGGUGAAGGAGGGCCCAGUGCUAGAGGUCUCCUUCAACCCCACGGUGGACACCUACGUGUGCAAGGUCAGCAACCCCGUGUCCUCCAGCAGCGCCUCGCUGACCUUCCGGCACCCCUGCAGCUGGACAGACGAGUCCUCGUCCGUCACCCGUGCCACGCCCAGCGCCCUGGUGGCCCUGGGACACCUCGUCCUCCUCUUCCUCCUGCUCGCCGUGGCUUGAGGACCCCGCGGGUGACAUCUCCGGUCACCUCCUCACCUCCCACCACCACGGGACCAACGCCUGCACGAAGAUCCCGGAAUCCGCCGGGCGCGGAGGGAGCGGAGUCACCGGGAUGGUUCAGUUUGUGGUUAACUGGAAAUCCUCCUGUCCCCUCACCCCAAAACCUGCGGGGAGACCCCAUCUGAGCCUUUCCCGGGGUUCCCUGGAAUUUUGGGGGAUCCUUUGGUGCUUCCUGCGAGGGAGGGUUUGGGGUGGGUUUUGGGUUUCCCACAUGUCACUUUGCACAUUAAAUUCCAUCCUCAACACCACAUCUUCAGGAUUUUCUGGAUUUUUCCGUGGGCUGGGACAUCCCAUGGCUCAGGGAUCGGGGGAUGAUGGAAGAAGCUCGGAGAUGUUUCCCCCCAGCCCCGUUUUUGGGGAUAAAAUCCCUUCCUUUGUCCCCCAGAGGAGGAUCAGCGCCAGAGGGUGGGACACGGAUCCAGCGGGGUGGGAAGAAAUCACAGGAAUGACGGAGCCUCCAAAAAAAUCCCUGGAAAAGUUUGGGACGCUUCCAGCUCCACCAACCCAGCCCAAAAAAGAGGAAAAUUGGGGAUUUCACCUCCAUAAAUCCCAAAAAAAUUCCACUUUCAGCAAAGAUUCCCAAAGAUUCCUUGGAAUCAUCCAAGGGUCAACGGGGACCUCCUUGGAAAAUUCCGAAUAAUUCCAGCCCCGCCUGAGGAGUGGCUCAGGGUAAUUCCUGACUCUGGAUGAUGAUUUUAACACCAAAAUUGAUUUUUCCAGCAACUUUUCCCCCUUGGAAAUAAUUUUUUGGGGUCUUGGUCCAUUUCCAUGUGGAGAUUUUGAGCUUUUAUUCCACUUACAAAAUCCAGGAUAUAAAAAAACCUCUGGAAAUUAAUAAUUAAUAAUUAAUUAAUAACAAUAAAUAAUAAUGAAUUAAUCUCGGGUGAGCUUCCAGCCAGAAAAUUCCAAUAUUAAUUGAUGGGGAAAAGAACAAAUUUAGGAUCAUUAUUUCCACUUAAAAGAGGUUUUUCCUGCCAUUUUAUGUUCCUUGUUCCCAAAAGGAGUUUUCCUCUGGAUGAUUUCACUUCAUUAAUUUUUCUUGCCUGAUACCAGCCAAGCCCAGGUGGGGAAAAUUGCUUUUGGGGGGGAUUUUUUGGCUUUUAUGGACCAUUUCCAGGUUGAAAAUCUUCCUUUUGGGACCUGGGGGUUGGAGAAAUCCAUGGAGAAAUCCAGCCUGGCCAUGGGAAUUCCAGGUGGGAUUUGCGCCUCUAAAAACACCACAAAAAACUCCAAAAUACCCCCCAAAAUCCCAAAAUGCCCCCAAACACCCCAAAACCAAUGCCUUUGCCGCCCCAAAAUCCUUCCAAGCUCCCGUUCCAGAAGUUUCCAGGAGGAACCACCGCUGGUUUUCCUGGAUUAAUUCAUCCUGCUCUUCCC